CCCUGCUUGAUAACAACAUUUUGGCGGCGUUUCUGUUUACCCACCGUUCUGUUUACCUUUUAUUUUAUAAUUAUCAAACAAUGUCUAUCACUUUGGAUUUUAAUAGCAAAAACCUAGCCAAGAGCAAACAUUUGGAUCUACACUACUUGCCGGCAAAAAUAGAUGGCGAUGGCGAAGCAAAUGUCGAGCAAUAUUUCAACAACUACACAAAAGAAGCAACCGACUUUGGCAGUGGAAUUCUAACGAAUGCUUUGCGGGGAUACCCAUUGAUGGGAGAGCAGCUAAAAGUACCCGCAGGAUUUAGGGGUUUAGUUCUCCAAGAAACAAGCAAACCCAUAAGCGAAUCUUCCGACCGACAGUUGCGUCUUACUGGAGCUUUCGAAGAAUUUACCUACUGGAACUACGACAAAGUGCCCUCUAAUGGUGACGCCUUUCGGCAGGCAAUUCUCUUGGUGGAUGUGGCCAAAGCUCUGUCACAGCCCGUCAGCGAACAGGAUUUGGAGGCUGAAAUUGCUCGAAAUAAGGAAAACACCAAGGAAAGCCCUUAGCUUUAGUUCCGCUUAUAGCGUUUUUAUUUAUUACUUCAAAAUCUAAUUCAAUACAUAUAUAUCCUUACAAUUCGUA